GAAGGACCUGGUGGGUGAAGUUGGAUUUAAGGACAUGCCUAGUAUGGUGCCAGGUGGCCUCCACUGUUACAUGCUUAUGUCACGUGAGGUGGCAGCCGAGAGAAUAUAAGGCGACUUUCAUGAGACGAUCGUCAUUCAAUGCUCGUACAGCAGGAAAGAAACGGUAGCUUGCACUAAGUAUUGUCAAAGAAACUAGAGAGAUGGAUAACUCACUCCCUGAGAAGGCACUGAGUACAACAGACGACAUACCACAGCUUCCACAACUCAAUACUGCCAUAGAAACUAGCAAGAUGGGUAACCCACUCCCUGAGAAGGCACUGAGUACAACAGAGGACAUUUCACAGCUUCCACAACUCAAUACUCCCAAAGAAACUAGCGAGAAGACUCAGGAGAUGGUGAAAUGCGGAAUGUGUCUGGGUGAGAUGGAGGAGCGUGUCUGGCUACCCCGCUCAGUCUGCUGCAACCAUCCUUUUUGCCCUCCGUGCGUAAUUUCACUGUACAAAGCUGCUAUGACUCGCUUCUGUCCCGUCUGCGGAGCUCUGGAUUGGAGUGUGUUCCCCUGGGCUUACGAUUAUCCAAUAUACCGUGUUCCCCCCAAACAAGAAGUGAAGGAGGAAACACCAGAGAUGAAACGUCAACGAGUGAGUCGAUCUCAACGUCAGAGACAUAGUCGUCCUCCUUCACAUCAUGAUUCUGUAUUUGCUCAGUACUUGCUCUAUCACGUGGCUAGUGAUUUUUAUGGGUGAAUUUUGGUCAUGUGCAUGUAUAAUAUUACAAUUUAGACUAAUUCUUCAGUUAAUCUUACUUAUAAUAAUUAUAUUUGAA